AUGGCUCUACUGCAAACACUCAGGCUGAACUUAAGAUUGAAUGGACACCCGCAAUAUACUUGGCAGACUGAGAACAAGAAUGCCGGAAUCUUCUGGCCUCGGGAUUUGCUUGCCAUGGAUGUCAAUGGCAAGGCAAGAAUCUGGGUGUAUGGCCACAAUUCAAUCCCAAAGGAACGUAUUCCAAACAUCAUCACGGACCAUGGUGAGAACCUCGAGCACAGCCUGGAACAGAGAGUUCUGUCUCAGAACAAGGAUCCGAUCGUUUUCAUAGCACACAGUGUCGGUGGUCUUGUCAUCAAACACGUUGUUGACGACCAAUUCUCGAAACUUGGCCUAGAAGAUCACAUCGAGCAAGUUAAGCAACUCGGUGCCGAUCACAGGGAGAUGGCAAGAUGCUCCAGCAGGGAGGAUGCAAAGUACAAGGCAAUGCUGAAUGAGCUGCUAUUAUUGUUCGCGCCUACUGAACACGAAGCCAGCAAUCCAGAGCCCACCAAAACCAGCACCAAAGCCGUCACCGGGGUUAUGAGGGAUGAGUACUCAGGUCACACUUCUCGAGUUGGAAGUACUGUUGCUCGAAACACGGCAGUAGUGGGCGAUAACACCAUGAGACAGCUCUUCUACUCAGCAAGAGUCUGUCGGUUUUCUCAUGUGCAACCUCAACGACUCUCAUCUUACAAAUGGCAAUGGCAACAACAAUGCCAACGCUUCAGCUCGAGCUCCAGCUACGUUGAGCAUAUCAAGGUGCCGUGUGCCUCAGCAGGCGAGAUCACUGUGAGUCUACAUAACAUUGCCAACCACUCUGCUACCACGCCGAUUGCCAUCUACCUUCCUCCCUUCUACCGUGGCGCCAACACGGUUGCCCCUUUGCCCAGGUGUCUGCAGGACCACCCCGUCGCAGUUAUCAAUUACCGUUGGUCUCCCUUCACCACUAAACUUGAGCCGGGAAGCACACCGCUAUACUGGCCAAUCCCCCUCCACGAUGUCACCUUCGCCUACAACUGGCUGGCAGAGAACCUUGGCGCAUCUACCAAUUACAAACCUGCAAGUGGUGGUGACAAGCUGAUUCCACGCCCAGCCUAUGUUGUAGGAAGUUACCUGGGCGCGAGCCUCGCCGCGGCGCUGGCGAUGACUGAGUGUCAUCGGCCAAUGGGUGAAAAUAAUUAUCAUAUGUCUGUCCAAGGGCUCAUCGCAUACAAUGGGAUCUACAACUGGACGACAUUUUUGCCCGACCAUCCUCUUCACGCAAAGGCAGCCAAGAGAAAACGAUUGGCAACUAGCAAAACCAACCCAGAAGAUGGCCCCCCGCCCUACGAGGAAGAGGGUGUCUUUACAACUAUCAAGUCCCAAAUCCCUGGACUGUUCGGCGACAACCCCGAGAACCUCUUCGACCCAUUUGCGUCCGUUUGUUUCUUCUUCCACACACCAAAUCUCCACGUUCCCGACGAUUUCUAUACCCCGUUGACUGACGAAGAUACCGAGCUUCCCCCGUCCCUUAACAAACUCGUCAACAUCCUCUCCGACAACAAAACCCAACCGCCGCUCAACCCCGAAGACAUCUCCGAAGACCUCCACAGCCUCAUCCGCAAGGUUGUUACCCGCAUGAAACUUGCCAAACCCGCCCGCAAAUCGCUCCUCAAAUAUCCACCGGCCGAAUCCGAUCUCUCCCUCCCGCCAACCCUCCUCCUCUACUCAGUCCAAGCGCCCUCCCACAUGAAAGCCCGCAAGAGCCGGAAAAGAGCCAAACCCCCCGACCACAGCAAGCACUAUCUUAACUCAUUCGCUCACCAAGCACAGGAUCUGGCGUCACUUUUGCGAAUCGCAGGCGGGGAGUACGAGCUACGCAGAGGCAUCGAAAAAGCGCGAACAUUCUUGAAUACGCCGAGUGUGGGGCCAGAGGCAGAAGAAGCAAGAAAAUUUCUGGAGGAGCAGGAGAUUAACAUGGCGCGGUUGAUGGAGGAUGUGAGGGCAGAGGAGGUUUUCGUGAGAGAGGGGGGGCAGGACGAGGGAGGGGAAGUGGAUCAACCUUUUGAUGGGGAGACGGGGGAGUUGGUGAGAAAAUGGCUGCACGAGAGGAUUGAAGAGAGACGGAGGAGAUGA